UGGUUUACAAUCUCUUGACACGCCCUUUAUGGCAGUGAAUCGGCCCCAUAUGUCGAAGGACUACCUCUGUCGAAACCACACUUUCGACAUGCCUAAAGAAAUGUCUGACUGGCAUAGUUCAACGAGUAGUGACUCACAUUUAGGGUGUCUCCCUCCUGCUCAAGGCGAGCUCAACUUUUAUUUUAUUUCCCUCCACCCUUUCACCACCGCUUGCAUUCUUCCAAUCAUUCACCACGCUGUGUGCACGCGAGUUCAAAAUAGUUCCUGUUAAUUUGUUUAGUAUAUUUGUGCGUUCUAUUUGCCUUUGAAACGAACGGCAUUGUUGUCACUGGAUUAAGUUUUAUUUGUUGUUAUGGGGGACUUGAUUUCGAGCCACCUGGAUGAGGGCAAACGGGAGAUCAUUAAAGCCCGGACAGGCGAGGUGAUUGGAGAGUUUGGCCGUCUGUAUGAGCAGCAGUAUGCAGUGGCCCUCUUCAACAAGGUCCGCUUUGACAUUGAGGGAGGAGGGGGGCCCCAGCCACAGCUACUGCGCCGUAAGACCCCGCUGGAGAAUAGGUCCAUCUUCUCUGGAGCUCUGUUCCAGUUUCUGGAGGAGAACAAGAAAUGGAGAAACCGUUUCCUCUUCGUUCCUGACUCCUACAACAUGAACUACUAUGACAACAAAGCGUCUCAUGAGAGAGGGCUGCACCCCAAGGGAACCAUCAACUGUGCCGGAUACAAAGUGCUGACCUCGAUGGAUCAGUACCUGGAGCUACUCAAUAAUAGCCUGCCUGAUGUAAAGGCUAAAGUGGGCAACACUCCCUUCCUGAAGUGUGCCACCGAGUUCCUUCUGAUCCUGUGGCACCCGUAUGCCCGCCAUUACUACUUCUGUGUGGUAACGGAGAAAGAGCAGAAGAAGUGGCAUGCAGUUUUUCAGGACUGUGUGAGACAUACCAAUGAUGGUUUGUUGGAGGAGAGUAAGGUGCAGACGCCAGCCUUCACAGACUCAGUGAGGCUUUUUCGCCAGGCCCAUGGGCAGUAUGGCACCUGGGAGAUGAUGUGUGGCGCACCUCCACAGAUUCUGGCCAACCUGGUGAUGGAGACACUUCUCCCUGAGGUCAGGGAUCUCAUCACCCCGGGACUGAAAGGCAAAAUGCACGAAAGGCAGAGGAACUGGAUGCUGAUCUGCGAUGCUGUUUAUGGUCUGGUGGUGAGGCAGGCCCAGGCCCAGUAUGAGGCUGUGGUGCAGAGCUGUGAGGCUGGACGCCCCCUUCUAGAGGCCUCCAUACGCACAGAUAUGGACCAGAUCAUCACCUCCAAGGAGCACGUCAGCAACAAAAUCAAAGCGGUGGCGCUGCCUAAGGCAGAGAAGCUGCUGAAGGUGAGUAUCCAGCCCUACAUCAGCUCUAUCCUGGAGGCCCUGAUGGAGCCCACCAGUCGAGGCUUCUCUGAGGUCAGGGACGUCUUCUUCAGAGAGCUGGUGGACAUGAGCAAGAACACAGUGAACGACAGCACCAAGGAAAAACUGGGAGAGCACAUGGAGAAGAUCUCUAUGCUGGCUUUCCACCCGGUGAAGAUGCAGAGCUGCUAUGAGAAAGUAGAGGACCUGAGUCUGGACGGCCUGCAGCAGAGGUUCGACGUCUCCAGCCCCUCCGUGUUCGUCCAGAGGGCACAGAUCCUCAUGAGAGAGCAAAUGGACGAUGCGGUCUACACCUUUGAGCAGAUCCUCCACCAGAGUCUGGAGGACCAGGGGCCAGAGGGUCUCUGUAAGAACAUCCAGCGCUGCCAGGACCGGGUCAUCAAGAAAUUUGACUAUGACAGCAGCACAGUCCGGAAGAGGUUCUUCCGAGAGGCUCUUCUUCAGAUCUUCAUCCCUUACAUGCUGAAGCAGCUCACUCCCUCCGUCGCAUCUGAGCUGCCUCGUUUCCAGGAGCUGAUUUUUGAGGACUUCUCUCGUUUCAUCCUGGUGGAGAACAUCUUUGAGGAAGUGGUGCUGCACUCUGUCAUGAAGGACAUCAUGAUGGCUGUGAAGGAGGCAGCAGUCCAGAGGAGACACAACCUGUACAGGGACAGCAUUGUAUUGACCAGCAGUGACCCCAACCUGCACCUGCUGGGUGACAACCCUGCCAUUGAUUGGGCUGGGGAGUACGGGACAGGACCAGAGGAAGGACAGGGACAAGAUGAGGUAGAGGGGGAAGAGACUGGUGAUAGUGGGGAGGCCCAUAGGAGGCGCAGGAUGAAGCAGGUGGUCUCUAUGAUCCAGCUGGAUGGCUCCCCCAUCCUGGUCAACGAGUCCUGCCUCGAGGUACCCAGUGUGGAUGGCAUCCCUGAGGAGAGGGAGGGAGAGGGGGAGGACCAGGACGCUCCAUCGUCUCCAGAGAUCGUCCACCAGGAUCCAGUCAAAGUUAAUGCAACCACUCCAAAACAAAAGAAGAAAGCCCCUCCACCUCCUGUCCAGCCAGAGAACAGUCCAUCCCCUGCCCUAACGAACGGCUCCGUCCUGAAAGGAGGAGAGUCUGUGACGAUCGUGAGUGUGGCCCCAGAGGUGCAGACCAAAAUCUCAGAGGAUGUGACCCAGGAAGCUGAGCGUGAGGAGAAGUACCUAGAGAUUGAGAGCUCCUUACAGGACUCAGAGAACACAGCAUCAGCCAUCGAGAGUGCCAUACAGGAGAUAGAGAAUGCUGUGCAGGAAGAGGACAGCGAGCCAGGCGUGGAGGUGGCUGCAGUUUCACAGGAGACCGCAGCAGAAGUGUCCCCCUCAAGCCAGGAGGUUAGAAGUGUACCCUCAAGCAAAGAGAAGGAAUCUCUGAAAACAGUUCCGGAAGAGGCUUCGGCACCAGCAGCUCUAACCCAAGGGGAUACGUCUCCUAGUUCAGAGGCGGUAUCUUCCCUACCCUCAACACAGACGGAAGCAGUAGCAGUAACACCCAUAGCACAAGAGGAGAUCCCCAUACCAACAGCCCUGGACACAGAGCCCCAAGUGCCUGCACCCACACAAACAGAAAUUCCUGCAGCCACAACAACAGCCCUGGAGAAAGUCCCUGUCCCUACACCAAUGCCAGAGGAGUCGGAGAGCACAGAGAGCACUUCAAAUGUCCAGAGAGCAAAUCCACAACCCACGGUGGAUUUGAACUCCCUGCCCCCUCCACCUCCACAUGACGACAGUGGCUUCCAGUCUCCCACCAGUGAGGCGGUGGAGAAGGCUGCCCCCAGUACAGAGGAGCCAGAGGCAGCAGAGGUGAUCCCUGAGGCAGGGGGAGAGGGAGUGACUGUGUCCCAGGAGGGAGCAGCAGCGCAGAAGAAGGACUCAGAGAAGGCAGACUGCCCCAGUGUGGAAUGAGUCAUUGUUUGGGCUGUAUUCUGGUGUCAAUAUGGAAUUUGUUUUUUUUACCAAGACUGGGAUAUUAUACACAAUUAAUCUCACAAUAGCAUAGACAAUUUCAUCAAUGGAAAUAGUUUGUAUACAGUAGUUUUGCCAAUAAUUUUACCGCUUAGUUUUCGUUCAAGAUGAUUCUCUUAAUAACAGUUACUUUUUUUCACCAUUAUUAUCCACCUCUACCAAAUCAUCAGUCUGUAUGUACAUUGAUCGGGGUUCAGGUGCAACUUCAAUGCCUGUAUAUGUUGUUUUCCUAUUGUGUCUAUAUUUUGACAGAUUACGUCCACAUUCCAGUUGAUAGCAUGUGCAUUGUGGCUUGAGUGCCAGAUGUUUGUGCGCUCAUGCCAACUCUCACUGUCACUCAUUGUCGUAACAAAACAAAAAAAACAUGGCUUGGCAAUGGCAGCUUUGGAAUUAGAAAGGCCACAAACUGAUCUGGAACCAGAUUAGGGACUCACCCCAUUGUCCUUUUUUAAAAAAGGAAAUUAAUAUGAAAUUAACUCACACACUUCAGGUGUUCUUGGUGGGGUAUAUAACAUUCAAUAUCAUCAUUGAUUUGUCCUCUAUGAUCUACACAACUGCUCAACCACUUGAAUUGGCUUUACCCUGAAUCCAAAAGCUGUCAAGGAUCUGACUUAUCUAGUUUGUGUUCAAUUGUAUUUAGAGUGGACCAUGACAACAUGAGCAAAGCUACAGUAUAGCUAGCCAUGGCUAAAUUCAAAAUCACAGAGUAUUUAUUCCAAUAGGUUCAACGACUGAUAUAUGUCCAUUGUUGUCAUCUUAUUGGUGUUCUUUCAUUGUCACUUUCGUACAGUUGCUCUCUACUCUGAAGUUUCCUGUCAGUUUUUGAUACUCUUUUUCUAUCAGAGUAAUUCCAAUACUUUUAUAAUUGUGUAUCAACCUCCAAUAAUAUUCUUCUGACGUGUAUUUAUUGAGAUAUGUUGAAAAGGUGUCUGGGAAGCAAGCAAUUUGUGCAAGCAAUUCUGUAGUAACAGUGCCUUUUAUGAAAUACUAGAAAACAUCUCAUUCAAAGUACUUUUUAUUUUCUAUUUCAAAUUGAAAUGACAAUCCGUCAAACAUAUUGAUGUGUUAACUGUUCUGUUAUCGCAAGACAUGGAAAGCAAAGGCAACCGAGUAAUGGUAUUUGAUAUGUUGUCUUUAAUAUUUGACAAAUUCUUAUUGACUUGAAUACCUCAGUUAAAACAUUGAGCUAUUCCCAACAGAGAAAGCAUCUGUACAUACUGUAUUUAAUGCUAUGUUGACUUCAUACGUUUUUGACCCUUUUCAUUGUCAUAUAGUCUUUCCACAGAUGCUCGUCUUAGCAGCUGUGACACGUUUUUAUUUUUUACUUUCUCUUCAGUGCCUUCAUUGAUACACAUAAUAUGAUCUCAAUUAUUUGUAUUUAUUGUGUAUUGCACUCUGCAUUUACGUCCCUGUCCCGCAUCCCUUUUGAUGCCUGUACUUUUAGAUUUAUUUUACUCAACAGGACUGUUACUGAUAAUAAAUCAUUGUUGAUUCAA